AUGUCUUCUGCUCCUCUUCUACAAUCAGCUCCAGGUAAGAGAAUUGCGCUUCCUACUCGUGUGGAACCAAAGGUGUUCUUCGCCAAUGAACGUACUUUCCUCUCGUGGUUGAACUUCACCGUGGUCCUCGGAGGUUUGGGUGUUGGUCUGCUCAACUUUGGUGACAGAGUUGGCCGUAUAUCUGCUGGUUUAUUCACCUUUGUCGCCAUGGCCACGAUGGUAUACGCCCUCGUGACCUACCACUGGAGAGCAGUUGCUAUCAGAAAGAGAGGUUCAGGCCCUUACGAUGACAGAUUCGGUCCUACAAUGCUAUGUUUGUUCUUGCUCGUGGCUGUUGUCGUUAACUUCGUCCUUAGAUUGAGAUCCACCUGA